AGAGGAGGGUCUACCAUUCCAUGGCUGCUGUUCAAAGGAAACUCUAUGUUUUAGGGGGCAAUGAUCUAGAUUACAACAAUGACAGAAUCUUGGCCGCCACAUAGACUCCUACAGCAUAGAUGCGACCAGUGGACCCGGUGUCACUUCAGCAUGUUGACAGGCCAGAAUGAAUCUGGAGUGGCUGUACACAAUGGCAGAAUAUAUCUAGUUGGUGGCUACUCAAUUUGGACAAAUGAACCCUCAGCAUGUAUCCAGGUACUGGAUGUAGUAAGGAAGGAAAAGAAGAAGUUUUCUAUGGGCCUUCCCUGCCUUUUGCUUCAAAUGGAAUUGCAGCCUGUUUUCUUCCCGCUCCUUAUGCUACAUGCCCAAACCUGCAGCCUUUGCAAGUGCCUCAUCAUAAGAUGGGCAAUGUUGUGAGAAAAGGAACCUGGCCACAAGAGAACAAGCUACUUCAUUCAUCCUGAUUGUGUCUUUACAUCAACAAAUUUGAAUGGUUGUGGAAUUAACCUUGUAUUAAGUUCAGUAGAAGCCAAAAAGCAACAAAAGGUGGCAGAUUUACACGGUCUCUGGUCUUCAGGUGGCUUUGACCAUGUUUGCCUAUUAAGAAUCUUUCUCCAAGUAUUCUGAAAAACAUUUUUUUUGCACUUUAAUCCCUUGCUCCUGUUUCUGUCAUUUUCACUGCCUUGCAAAAAGUAUACAAAGGAAAUUUAAAGAAUUCUACUUUUCAAAAAUGUGGGCUAACAAGCUACAAAGGGCUUGGACUGUUGAAUUCUUGAAGAAGGUUUUUUUCUUGGGGUUUUGUCCUUGGAUUUAGAAAUGUUGAAAAUACAUACUGUUGUCAACAACUCUUACUUGCAAAGGUGCUUGUAACCUACUGGCUAUUUCCCAUACUUGCCUCACAGAUCAGACAGGGGCUAAAAACUGGAGUCACGUAGAUAUAGUUUUACUUGUAGAAAAGGCAGACAUGUGGCACUAUAAAGGAAGUCUCAUAAAGCCGGAGUGACAACAGGACUUGCUGCUUGGGCCAUGUGUGUUACCUUGCAUUGUUAUUUCCUAAGUGAUAUCUGGAAACCAUUUUUUUUUAAACAUGUGGAGAAAAUAAACUUUAAUUUUACCAUUUUUAGUUGUAACAGUUAAUACCUGAACAACAUCCUGAAUUUUUUUAAAAUUAAAAAGUUUGUUUAGGAAACAAUACUUACCAAGUUAUCAGAGUAAAUUUUAAAGGAGUAAAAUUGUUAAGGGAUGUAAAAGAUGAUGAAUUUAAAUUGAUGUAAAUUUGAGAGGAUCUCUUUCAAGUUUGAAAUGAACUAGAUCAACCAAUCCAGAAGCGACUUGAGCACAGAAGCUUUUAGCGUGAUUAAAAAAAAUAAAAAUUGUUCAUUUCAAAUUUGGAGGGAAAAAAUUGAACUCAAACAGGGAGUUUUUUGCAUACUGCUGUAAAGCUGAUUGCUACAUGUUCCAAGUUUUCUCCCAAAGGAUUCAAAAUACGUCUGGCUGGACAAUUAUGUUUUUUUAUCUUUUCCAGCUUUUGAAGCUAUUUUGUGUAGUUACUAGAAAUCUAUGAUCCAGUUCUUAAGUUUUCAUAAC